AGUGUUUUCAGUGUCUAAACAUCUAUACGCGCUCAUGAUGCUACACGCUUCAUAAAUACUACAGGCGUAGGUAGACAGACUCACUGUGCUGUGAGACACACGACGGUGACGCUUCAUUAUUUACAGUGGCGUCUCAUAAGAGCGCUAUAAAUACAGCUCCACGGUGCUCCGCGCUCACACUCGCGCUCUCCGUGUGUUUUAUAUUCAACAUUCCACACUAAAACUACUCAGCACUACUAUUUAGACUACGGAGAUACUCGUAUCCUCACUGGAAUGCUUAUGUUUUCCUCAGGAAUAAGUCUUUAGACUUUAUUCAGACUGAACGGAUGAUGAUGGAAGUCUGAUAUCGCCUUUCGAUCCUCAAGGACUGCUGAUAUUUCUUUUCACCUUCGUUGAUAAAAGUUACACCAUGUUCAGGUGGAGUGAUCCAGCUAUGGAUUAACUAAAACGCGCCGCAGAAGUGAUGUACCUGUAAAAUCAGCCGGUCCUGUAACCUGGUGGAGAUGUUAUCCAUCCAGCAAUACAACAGCACGGUUUUAGCUGAGGAUGAAGCGUUGGUCAAUCAGAGCCAUCAUUAUGUGGCACCGCUGCGCUGCAGGGAAAACCUGACCACCACCAGCCCGACGGCAGCGGGUCUGUCCAUGACCCUGGGCAUAGUCUCCAACAUCAUAGCGCUGGCCAUCCUGGCUAAUGCCUACAGCCGGCGCAGCAAAACCACCAAAGCCACAUUUCUGCUGUUUGCCAGUUCUCUGGUGGUCACAGACCUCGUCGGACAUGUAAUUCCAGGCGCUCUGGUUCUUCAUCUCUACCUGUCUGGCACUGGACCUUGUCUUCCAGCAGUGCCCGAUGGGACCUGUCAGUUCCUAGGCGGCAGCAUGGUUUUUUUCGGGCUGUGCCCGCUGUUUCUGGGCUGUGCAAUGGCAGUGGAGCGAUGCAUAGGUGUGACCAGGCCUCUCCUACACAAACGCUUGGUUUGCACCACCCAGACUAAGAUUGUAAUGGUGAUGGUUUGGCUGCUGGCUUUAAGUGUGGCAUUUCUGCCCUUCUUCCGCCUAGGCUCCUACACCUACCAGUACCCAUGGACGUGGUGCUUUAUUAAUGUUUUAGACGAAACAAACGUGACUGAUGUGAUAUUUGUGGUGCUCUUCUCCGGGCUGGGACUGGCCUCACUGGCCGUAGCUCUGGUCUGUAACACCAUCAGCGGGGUGACUCUGGUGGCUGCAAGACUUAGAAAGAAGCAAAAGCAGGAGUCCAUCCGUCAAAGCAAGAAGGACAAGCAGGAGUCUGUUCGUCUCAGCAGGAAGGACAAGCAAAACAAGUCCAGCAAAACACAUGAUAUUGAGAUGGUGGUACAGCUGGUGGGCAUCAUGGUCACAUCUUGCAUCUGCUGGAGCCCUCUGCUGAUCUUCGGUCUGAUGUCAGUCAUCCGUUCGUCCAUCAGCUCCAUGGGUGAUGAUCUGGAAAUGUCCUACCGGACUUUAUUAGUAAUGGGAGUGCGCCUGGCCUCCUGGAAUCAAAUCCUGGACCCCUGGGUGUAUAUUCUUCUGCGCCGAGCCAUCCUAAGGAAGAUCUACUACUUAACCACGGGCCGAACAGGACGCAAAGGGAGCACAUUCCGGCGGUGGGAGGCCAGCUCCUUCCAGAACUCAGUGAAGAAAGCCAUUAAUCAGACCUGAUGGAGUGUGGGAUGCCGGAGUGUGAGUCCUACCACAUGGAAAACAGUCAGACACUUAAAGUGAAAGCGUAUGUGAGUUCCUUUUGCUUGAAUGGUGGAUGAAGGAGCAGCAUACUGGAAGCUGAAUUUGGAAGCGUGCUCUGGAUUAACCGCAGAGACUUUAACAAGCAUUAUAUUUGAGCUGGUGGAGCUAAAAAUCCCAUUCAUUUUCCCCAUAUCAGGCUUUCAAACAGCAAUCUUCAGGGUGACACUGUGGCUCAGUGGUUAGCACUGUCGUCUCACAGCAAGAAGGUUACUGGUUCAAGUCUUAGCCAGGCCAGUUGGCAUUUUUGAGUGGAGUUUGC